AUGUCGUCGCCGACUCCUUCCCUCUCCUCGAGGGAAUAUAGAUCUCCCUCACCACCACAAAGUCCCAAACUCGACUUUUCGCUAACACCGAAAUCAAAGCUUAAAGCUCUCCUAGCUCAAUUCUCGGAUUCGGAUGAUGAACCGACUUCUAAACGUGUUACGACCAGGAGGGGUAUAUCGGAUGACGACGAUGAAGAUGACGAGGAAGAUGUACCAGUCGCUCGAUCCCGUGCGAGAGUUACUAAGAUCAUUGGAUCUGAUGAUGAUGAUGAAGAUGUUGAGAUGGAGGAUGCGGAUGCGAAUAUUUCGAGUAAUAAGAUAAAUGCGGCCGAUAGAUUGCGACAGAAGCUAUCCAAGGGAGCACUGGGGAAAGAAACGACACCUGAACCUGACCAAGACGACGAAGAUGGCGAAACGACACCGAAGCCAGCUCGAAGACGGAUACUGAAAAAGAAGCAGUCGCCGAUACAAUCUCCUGUUACAUCUCCGAUCCGCGUAUCCGAUUCGGAAUCUUUAGACCUCAAUGCCAUCGAUUUUACGAUAAAGCCGAAGAAGCAGAAGAAGGCUGAAAAGGGGAAAGGAAAAGCUUCCGAGAAGAAGAAGAAGAGCAAGAAGUCGAAGAAGCUGGUGGUCGCGGGCAGUGAUAGUGGAUCUGAACCCAACCCACAUGGCUCGGACUCUGAUGACGCUUCUUUGGGCAGCUUGGAUGAAGACGAGAAUGCAUUUAUCGCAGAGUCGAGGCUUCAGCAACUGGUAAACCAGAAACGAAAGGCCAAUAAGAAGAAGGAGGACGAAGAAGAAGCUAAGCGGCAAGCUAGGCUUGAAGCAUCGGAUCAACUUCAAGAUGCGGAUUUAAUGUUCAGCGAUGAAUCCGGCGGGGAAGCAGGGAAAAAGCAGAGGAAGAAGCCAGCGGCUAGGAAAGCUUCAAAGAAGGCAUUAUUCGAGAUGCGAGCGGAGACGCAGAGGAUGGCCAGGAACCAGGACUUUAACCUCGAGCCGAUUAAGAAGGUCGUACACAGCGUCGACAGCUUGUGGGCAAAGUUUGGUCUCAUAAACCCGAAUGCAAAACCUGAGCCCGUAAAAGCAGAGAUACCGCUGCCAGAGCCGUCGAGUUCAGUGCCUAUUACUUCCCAAAUGGAACAAUCUAGCCCGCCUACCACUCUCGGCACAUCGCCUACGGCCAAGGUCAAUAAAGAAGAAGAAGCACAGCGCGAACCUCUAAUUGGUGAUGAUGAUGUCGUUAUCCAGGAUGACGACGAUGACCUCCCCACUUUGGAGCAAUUGAUGGCAGAGCCCCAACAGCCGAAAAAGGAGGAACCAGUCAAGAAAGGGAAGGAAAAGGCGGUCGACAAAGAUAUCGAAAUGCUUGACCUCCCUAAAGGCAAGAAACUUGGCUUUGCCAGCCUGCCGAAGAACAAAACCGGUAACAAACGAAAACCAUUUGUUGAGUUUGUGGUACCGGCUACAAGCAGCCAGGACCCUGACGAUUCUGAUGAACUAGAGAUCUUACCGCCACAGCCUAAAAAACCAGUAGCAAAGAGCGACCCUCUGAAGGACCUGAAGAGACUUGCUAACCAGGGUGCUGACCGCGCGAAACUGAGGGGGCGGUAUGCGAAAGGUCCUGUACGGGAUGAUAAUUGGCAGGAUGAUCUUAUCAAGAAGGCGAAACAGCAAAUCAAGGCGGAUGAAGCCGCGAAGAGGGAAACGUUUCGCAAACAGGGUCUAUCUGUGCCGACUCAAGAGGAGAUUAUCAAGGAGGCAUCAUACAAAGAGGAUCUGGUCGAGAAGGCACGCAAUGAGGCACUGGAACAGAAGGAUAGGGAGAGGAGAGAGGAAGCACAGAGGCGAGGUAUCAAGUUGGCUGAUUUGUCGGAUAGUGAUGAUGAGGACUAUGAGGGUAGUGGAAGCGAAGACGAUGAGGAGGAGGAAGGUGGCGUGGCAUUUUCAGGUAGCGAAAGUGAAGGAGAGGAGGAAGAGGAGGAAGAGGAGGUAGCUGACGAAGAGAUGGGAGAGGCUGAGCAGGAGGACGAGUCAGCCAGCCCGCCUUCUGCUCAGCGUUCAUCAAGCCCCAUUCGUCUCUCCAGUAUGCGCGACAUGGCAGAGUCAGACGACGAGGAUGCUCUUGAGAGUGCGGUCUCUCAAUCACGGCUACGACGGCGGGGCAGGGCAGUGGUGAACGACGAAGAUGAGGAAGACGAAGAUGAGGAAGGUGACAGGACAAUCACCCAGAUCCCGUCUUUGCUGGAGACACCUAAAAAGGCAGUAUCCUUUGGGACUACAGAGCUACCUAUGGGGCUUACCCAGAUGUUUAACUCUUCUACCCCCUCCCAGGUAGUCUCCCCGAUGAAAGAUCAGUCCAAGAUGUUUGGCGGGUUGGGGAACCAGCCUCCAGUUAUGGGAUUGACACAGAUGUUCGACUCUCAAGGAGACUCGCAACCUGCAAACCCUUUCGCGAACCUCCAGUCGGAAGCCCCGGUAUUAGGACUCACGCAGAUGUUCAAUUCGCAGGCGGGUUCUCAAACAUCCCCUCAAAAGGAUAACCCAUUCAUUGCACUAGGAAACAAAGCCCCUGUGAUGGGACUGACCCAGAUGUUUGAAUCCUCUAUGGAUGAGGGAGACGCUGGUAAUCGAAUGGACAUUCUCCGGGGGAACAUCCCCGAGGACCUUAACAUCUCCCAAGUGCCCCUCGAUAUGAACAUACGAAGCAGUCCGAAAUUCGAUAGCACGCAAAAUAAUUCAUUGCUAGAUCUCGAAUACUCACAAAGCCAGAUCGAAUAUGAACCGGAAUCGCUACUUGGUGAUGGUUUGGCCCUUUCAACACAGAUGUCGUUUGCCCCAGAACCGGAUAUGGGCUUCCAGUAUAAUCCGAAGGAUGCGCCUCCACGAUUUAGGGAAUCGAGUCAGGCGACGAUUGUGUCUGAUUAUCAUAGAGGAAUUGUACAGAGUGGUCUUACUGAGGCUACUGUGCUACUCUCCCCGGAACCUUCGAUGCCGAGGAAGAAGAAGGGCAGGCUAGUGAGGAAGAAUAGAGUGGAUGGGAGCGAGAAGGGGGAGAGCGAUGCUGAAGGGGUCAAGUCGGGCUCUGAAGAGCAGGCUGAUGCUUUUAGCGUUCUUGGGAAAAAGCCUAAGAAUGUGGUUGAGACGUAUGAUAAAAAGGCUAGUGGCGCAAAGAAUAUGUUCCAAGAGGCUGCCGAGGAGUCUGAAGAUGAAUACGCCGGAUUGGGCGGCGGCAGCGACGAUGAAGAAACCGAUGAAGAGGCUCUGGCGGAGAUGGAGGAUAUGAUCGAUAAUGAGACAAAAGAUGAAGAUGAUGGUGCUCAUGCCGAAUUGGAUUUAAAGAGGGCUGUUGCAGAAGACGAAAAGAUGAUCCAGAAGGUCAUGAAAGAUGUCAAAAACAAGAAGCUAGGCAAGAGGGGCGGCUAUGAUCUCGAUGAUGAUUCAGAAGAUGAAGCGCGAGAUCGUAUGCUCAGGCGUCAGAAAAAGAAUGAAGCGGAGAGAAGGAGGAUAUUGAUGAUGGAUGACAACAUUGCGAAACUUGACCACAACCCUAAGCGUCAGGCUUUCUUGAAAACCAUUGAACAGACUAAGGGCGAAAGAAACUUCUUGGACGACGAAGAUGAGGAUGACGAAUAUGAUUUUGCCGUCCAUGAGGAUUCACAAACCCCGAACGAGGAGCAAGAGUCCAUUAUUCAAGUUCCUGAUAGCCAAUCAGGCGGCGAAUCUGCACCAUUAUCGAAUCAACCCGUCAUUGAGGUCCCAGACAGCCAACAAAUGGUCGCCGAAACCCCACAAGGUCAUAAGAUCGGAAACCCGCGUCGCACGGGACCUUCUAAAAAGCGUAAACAGCAUGCGCAACUUCUUGUCCAACGUACCGUCUCAUCCCUCCUAGAUGAUGGUACAGACAGAUACCACGUGGAGGGCGGAUCGGACUCCGAUUCAGAUCUCGAGAUAGAAUCCUAUGAAGAAAUCUCCAAGCGUCGUAAAGUCAACUUUAUCGAUCGUGUCGCAGUAAAGCGAGGUGCUACUACCACUAGCGAAACUGCGAAGCUUGCGUUCCACCAGGGGAAUACGGAUCCUACUGGACAAUUCAGGCUUCCGCUGUUGAGAAGGACGACUACGAAUGAUAUUAGUGAAACAACUACCGUUGCGCCUAAAGCUGCUUUUGUGGAGACUACGACCAAGAUGGGGAGGGGUAAAGCUAGCGGGGCAAGUAUCAAUUUCCAGGCCAGGGAAGCUACGAGGCAGAAGAAUUUGGAGAAGGCGACGAAUUCGAGUGGAAGGAGGCGGGAGGAGAAGAAAGUUAUGGGAGCGAGAAGGGCGGAUGCUGCGAAUAUAUUUAAUGCUGGCGGGUUUUCUUAA